AUGUCUAGUGGUGUUACAUUUGAGAAAACAUUUCGUAGGGAUGCUUUAAUUGAAAUUGAAAAAAAAUAUCAACAAAUAUGGGCUGAUGAAAAAGUAUUUGAAGUUGAUGCUCCUAAUUUUGAUGAAUGUCCAAUUGAUGAAUCUUUUGAAAAAUUACAUCAAGAUCAUCCUAAAUAUUUUGCAACUAUGGCUUAUCCUUAUAUGAAUGGUGUUUUACAUGCUGGUCAUGCGUUUACUUUAUCAAAAGUUGAAUUUGCAACUGGAUUUGAAAGAAUGAAUGGUAAAAGAGCGUUAUUCCCAUUAGGAUUUCAUUGUACUGGUAUGCCAAUUAAAGCAGCAGCUGAUAAAAUUAAAAGAGAAGUUGAAUUAUUUGGUGAAGAUUUCUCAGGAGCUCCACCAGAAGAUGAAGAAGAAGAAGUUGAAGAGGUUAAAGUUGAAAAACGAGAAGAUGUUACUAAAUUUACUUCAAAAAAAUCAAAAGCUGCUGCAAAACAUGGUAGAUCCAAAUUUCAAUUUGAAAUUAUGUUACAAUUGGGUAUUUCAAAAGAAGAAGUUUCAAAAUUUAAAGAUACUGAUUAUUGGUUAAAAUUUUUCCCACCAUUAUGUCAAAAAGAUGUUACUUCAUUUGGUGCAAGAGUUGAUUGGAGAAGAUCAAUGGUUACUACUGAUGCUAAUCCUUAUUAUGAUGCUUUUGUAAGAUGGCAAAUUAACAGAUUAAGAGAUUUUGGUAAAAUUAAAUUUGGUGAAAGAUAUACAAUUUAUUCUGAAAAAGAUGGUCAAGCAUGUUUAGAUCAUGAUAGACAAAGUGGUGAAGGUGUUACUCCACAAGAAUAUGUUGGAAUUAAAAUUAAAGUUAAUGAAUUUGCUCAACAAGCUAAAGAUGCUUUAGCAAAUGUUGAUUUAUCAAAUAAAACUAUUUAUUUAGUUGCUGCUACUUUGAGACCUGAAACUAUGUAUGGACAAACUUGUGUUUUUGUAAGUCCAAAAAUUGAUUAUGGUUUAUUUGAUGCUGGUAAUAAUGAAAUUUUUAUAACUACAGAGCGUGCUUUUAAAAAUAUGUCUUUCCAAAAAAUUACACCAGAAAGAGGUUAUUAUAAAUCAAUUGCUAAAUUAAAUGGUAAAACUAUGAUUGGUUCAAAAGUUUCUGCUCCAUUAUCUGUACAUAAAGAAAUUAGAGUUUUACCGAUGGAAACAGUUGUUGCUACAAAAGGUACUGGUGUUGUUACAUGUGUUCCAUCAGAUUCUCCAGAUGAUUUUAUAACAACAAAAGAUUUAUCAAAUAAACCAGAGUAUUAUAAUAUUGAAAAAGAUUGGGUUAUAACUGAAAUUUUACCAAUUAUUCAAACUGAAAAAUAUGGAAAUAAAUGUGCUGAAUUUUUAGUUGAAGAUUUAAAAAUUCAGUCACCAAAAGAUUCCAUACAAUUAGCAAAAGCAAAAGAAUUAGCCUAUAAAGAAGGUUUUUAUAAUGGUAAAAUGUUAGUUGGUAAAUAUUCAGGAUUAAAAGUUGAAGAUGCAAAAUUAAAAACAAAACAAGAUUUAAUUGAUGAUGGUUCUGGCUUUGUAUAUAGUGAACCAGAAAGUCAAGUUAUUUCAAGAUCAGGUGAUGAUUGUUGUGUUUCAUUAGAAGAUCAAUGGUAUAUUGAUUAUGGUGAAGAAAACUGGCUAAAACAAGCUUUAGAAUGUUUAAAUGAUAUGGAAACUUAUUCUAAAGAAACAAGACAUGGUUUUGAAGGUGUUUUAGCAUGGAUGAAAAAUUGGGCAGUUACUAGAAAAUUUGGUUUGGGUACAAAAUUACCAUGGGAUGAUCAAUUUUUAGUUGAAUCAUUAUCUGAUUCUACUAUAUAUAUGGCUUAUUAUACAAUUGAUAGAUUUUUACAUUCAGAUUAUUAUGGUUCAAAACCUGGUAAAUUUAAUAUCAACCCAAAACAAAUGACUGAUGAAGUUUUUGAUUUUAUAUUUACAAGAAAAAAUGAUAUAAAUACUGAUAUUCCAAUUGAACAAUUACAAGAAAUGAGAAGAGAAUUUGAAUAUUUUUAUCCUGUUGAUUUAAGAGUUUCUGGUAAAGAUUUAAUACCAAAUCAUUUAACAUUUUGGAUUUAUACUCACGUUGCAUUAUUUCCAAAACAUUUAUGGCCAAAGGGUGUUAGAGCAAAUGGUCAUUUAAUGUUAAAUAAUGCAAAAAUGUCAAAAUCAACAGGUAAUUUUAUGACAUUAGAACAAAUUGUUGAAAAAUUUGGUGCUGAUGCAUCAAGAAUUGCAAUGGCAGAUGCUGGAGAUACUGUUGAAGAUGCCAAUUUUGAUGAACAAAAUGCAAAUGCAGCAAUUUUAAGAUUAACUACAUUAAAAGAUUGGUGUGAAGAAGAAAUUAAAAAUCAAGAUAAAUUAAGAAUUGGAGAAUUUUCAUCAUUUUUUGAUUUUGCAUUUGAAAAUGAAAUGAAUCAAUUAAUUAAAGAAUGUUAUAAUCAAUAUACUGCAAGUAAUUAUAAACAAGCAUUAAAAUUUGGAUUAUUUGAAUUACAAUUAGCAAGAGAUUUUUAUAGAGAAUCUGUAAAUUUAACAGGAAUUGGUAUGCAUAAAGAUUUAGUAUUUAGAUAUAUUGAAAUUCAAUCAUUAUUAUUAGCACCAAUUGCACCACAUUUUGCAGAAUAUUUAUUUAAAGAAGUUUUAAAAAAAUCAGGUAGUAUUCAAACUUCAAAUUUUCCAAAACCAUCAAAACCAAUAUCAAAAUCAAUUUCUGAUUCUUUAACAUAUGUUAGAAAUUUAUCAAGAUCUAUUCGUGAAGCAGAAGGUCAAGUUUUGAAAAAGAAAAAAGGUAAAUCAGAUUUUGAUAUUAAAAAACAAGUUGAAUUAAAUUUAUAUGUUUCAAAUACAUUUCCAGAAUGGCAAGAUAAUUAUAUUGAAUUAGUUAGAGAAUUAUUUGAAUCACAUAAAUUAAAUGAUAAUAAUUUAAUUAAACAAAAAGUUGGUAAAGAUAUGAAACGUGGAAUGCCAUUUAUUAAACAAUUACAAAUUAGAUUAAAUAAUGAAGAUCCAGAAACUGUUUUCAAUAGAAAAUUAACAUUUAAUGAAUUAGAUUUGAUUAAAAAUGUUUUACAAAAUAUUAAAAAUUCACCAUAUUCAUUUAAAGUUGAUAAAUUAAAUAUAGUAUCGUUUAAUAAUGGUUCAAAAAUUGGUAAAAAUUUAUUAACAGAUGAAGAAAUUGAAUUAGAUUUAAAGAAUAAACUAAUUGAAAAUUCAAUACCUGGUGAACCAGGUAUUCAAAUUAGAAAUAUUGAAUAA